AUGACAGGUUUCUCUGCCAUACCUAUCGCUGAACGAGACUUGCCAGACGAUGAUUCUCAGUGGGCAGGAGAACCAAAGAUAUUAGGUCCGCGAUGGGCUAACCUUCCUACGUUGACUGUGGGUCUUCUCGGAGUACAAGUAUUUUGGUCUGUAGAGAUGUCGUAUGCUUCACCAUACCUCCUUUCUCUCGGCCUCACCAAGUCCUGGAUGGCAAUUGUUUUCCUGGCUGGACCACUCUCAGGCUUAAUCAUGCAGCCACUCAUAGGUGUGCUGGCUGACAACUCAAAAUCGCGAUUCGGCAGGCGGCGGCCUUUCCUGCUAGUUGGAUCUGUUUUGUGCUCACUUGCAAUGCUACUUCUAGGAUAUACUCGUCCUAUCGCCACCCUCUUCACCAACUCAAAUACAUCUGCGAAUGAUACUCUAACCAUAUGGUUUGCUGUCCUCGCUAUUUACUGUAUAGACUUCUCGAUAAAUGCUGGCGGUAGAUCGGGUUUACUCGUUGACACGCUUCCGACUGCCAAACAAGCCAGUGGAAAUGCUUGGGCUGCCCGAAUGCUUGGCAUAGGCAGCGUUGCAGGUUUCUUUGUGGGAAACAUCGAUCUUCCUCGUUUGUUCCCCUUCUUUGGCACAAAGCAGCUUGAGGUUCUGGCCGUUAUAGCAUCGCUGCUAUUGAUCUCAGCGCACAUAUUGACAUCAUACUUUGUCAAGGAAAAAGUUUUACUGUCUUCUUCAGUAGCUGCAAAAGGUUUCCGUAGUGAAAUACGUGUUUUGUGGAAUAGUUUGUUCACUCUCCCUAGGGCUAUAAGACAGAUUUGCAUUAUCCAAUUUUUUGCAUGGUUAGCCUGGUUCCCUGUCCUAUUUUAUACAACAGUAUAUAUCGGCGAACUCCACAAGCGGUCUUCACCUGUGCCAGAAAAUGAUGACGCUGCCCUUGUUCUGGAUGCUGAGGCGACCCGGCUCGGUUCCCGUGCUCUUUUUUACAGUUCAGUGGUGUCCCUCGUUGCGAAUGUGAUCCUGCCUUUUUUCGUCACUGAAGCAGGGCGAACCAGUACUGCCCUUAGCCCCGUCGCCACUAGAGGAGCAUGGACACGGUACAUUCAAGUGCAUCUAUCCAGCUUAUGGGCAUCAUCACACCUCGUUUUCGCUAUUGCCUCACGAUCUUCUUCGGCCGAUUGUGCUACAUUCAUCAUGGCGACUACAGGUUUUUCUUGGGCAGUCACUCAGUGGGCGCCGUUCUCCCUGCUUGCAGAAGCCAUUCUCUCACACCCCAUGGUUGACGAUGCGGGGUUAAUUCAUCUAGCGGACACGCGUUCGAGUCGAAGGCUUCAUGCAGAGAAUGAUGAAACGCAGCAGCUGAUUGAAUCUCAACCCCAGGACGAUGAUGACACGUUCUCGCGAUCGUCCUCCCCAGAACUAGAAAGGACUACGCCCCAGAGUAUAUUGAGAAACUCCAGGGCAAGGCUCAGCAGGGUUGAUGUAGAUUCAGCCGUUGAGUUCAUGCAGCAUGACCAAGACGGAUUCGAAGCGGAUAUACUGAAUAGGAAAUCAAGUGGUGACUUGAGUUCCCAGGCAGGCGUCAUCCUCGGAAUUCAUAAUAUGUUCAUCGUCGUGCCACAGUUCCUCGUGACUGGUAUUUCAUCGAUAAUCUUUGCGAUCUUUGAGCCUGAUAAAUCCAUCCUCCAUGGACAUCAUCCUGGAAGCACAACUGCUGCGAAUAAUACUGUCCAAGCCGCAUCUCCGGAUAGCACAUCAGGAAAUCUAUUUCUACGACAGGAGGAAACCGACAUUCCAAACACUGGUCCGAAUUCAGUUGCAAUCAUUUUUAGAAUUGGAGGGGUAGCAGCUGCUAUCGCAUUCGUGCUUUGCUGGCGGCUUGCAAGGGAACUGAAGCAUAAAUGA